GAAUUAUUGAACAUAGCACUCACAGCAGGUUUAGUUGCUUGGAAACAGAUAAUUAUUAUGAUCUAAUAGUUUGUGCAUAAUUUUACUAUUUUGAUAUUAUUUGCGAAUCUCAUAAAAUUUAAGUUAAAAUGGCACAUAGAAAACAGGAGGAAAAAAUCGUCCCCAACAACGAUUUAGAGAAGAAAAUUAUAGAAGCCUUUGAAGUUUUUGAUCAUUCUGGUAAACAAGUUGUUGAUGUCAGAGAAAUCGGAACGAUUUUGCGAUCUUUAGGAUGUUGCCCCACUGAAGCUGAGGUGCAGGAAGUGAUUUUAGCAACGGAAAAUAAAGAAGCCACGGGAAAUGUUCCACUGAUCAACUUUUUGCCCUACCUGUGCAAAGCUAUGAUCGAACAUAGAUUCUACCCGGCGAGUGCGGAAGUGCUACUGGCAGCUUUUCGAUACUUCGACGAGGAAGGUAGAGGCUAUCUGACUAAGGAACGCUUCACAAAACUUAUGCUAGAGGAAGGAGAGCCCUUUACACAGGAAGAGUUUGACGAGAUGAUGCAAACUGCACUGGACCCGGUCACCGACACCGUCACCUACGAAUACUACAUCAACCAGCUCAUGGUGGCGCAUAAAGAUGUCUACGACCUCGCAGAUUUUUGUGAAGCAGAAAAGAAAAGGAUAGAGGCCGCUCAACCAAAAAAGAGACGAGCCUCUUCAUUACUCCGAGCUGCUGGUGGUGUUCCUGCUACCUAAUUAAAAACGAAUGCUAAUCUUGUAACAUGAAAAUUUUUGGUGGAAGAUGAAGUUGCGGAAACCCAGGAACCACCGAAAUAAAAUACACUAUUCAAUCCAGAAUACUCACAAAAUACUCAAUGUAGAAAGAAAAACUAAAUAAAAACUCAGUUAUUAAGUA